AUGACCUCGGAGCAGCCCCAGUUGCUCAGCGUGAGAUGUAAGCCUGUACAAUUAUGGAGGAAGUCUUCGACACUGACACACACCGCAGCUACUAGGCCUCAAAUAUCCCGAACACAGUCACAUCAGUCGUCUGCUAUCACUGGCGAAUAUUUCUCCGAUUAUGCUUCAGAAGUCUCAAGCCAGCGAUCAGACCAAAGUGAAGCCAGUUAUGAAACGCCCCCAUCACGAAUCUCUACCCCAGUUGUGCAAUUACCGCCCAGCGACUCCGAAAUGACACUACCUCAGCGACCCGAUGCGGCGAGACCCGCCCGUCUCCAAAUUCGCACCACCGCACAAGCAGGAAAUCCUAGAGCACUACCAAAUCUGGAUGAUAUGAGUCCUCCCACCCCUGGGAUCGAUGACUUGCAAUUCAUCAGAUUCGCACUCGACCAGCUGACACGAGAUGAGGAUGUUUUGGGCGGCCGCGAGAGCACUGCGGACGAGCUCAAAGGGCAGCCCACGAGGCCUGUGCCAUCGCCACCUAUUCAAGCUCCUGCUCCAACUGCUGCCACUCCAGCUGGUGUUCGGGAGCCGUUUCGAAGAAUAAUAACGCCGCCCAUGUUGUCUGCUCUUCGCCGGUCUGCCCCCGACGAAACCAUGCUAGCCGUCAGUCCUCCGGAGGGCCAGAGCUGGGCAGAUCUAGGAUACAAACCACUCCCUCUUCGACCAUGGUUCUUAGGACUAUAUCUCUCUGUCUGCCUACUGUUUCUGGCGGGCCUCAUCUUCUCAAAUGUGUACGCUUUACGACAUCACGGACUGUACGAUUACGACGGAUAUACGAACCCCCGAUAUUUUGUUUGCCAAUACUUGCCUCAACUGUUAGGCAUGAUACUAAUUUUGUGGCUAUUCUACAUCGAAGCCGCAGUGUACCGGAGCGCUCCAUACUUCAGCAUGUCCAACGCCCGCAGUCAAGACCGCAUUCUCCAGGAUUUUCGGACUACGGCUGCUAAUUUCUUGCUUCCCGACCUUCGCUGGUUCAAGAUCCGCGAGCCUCUGCUAGGGAUCGCAUUUCUGAUAUUCUGGCUUUUCAACUUCACGGUGCCCCUUCUCAGCUGUCUUUACCAGUCGCAAUGGGUGACCGAUGACGGAGAUGCCCGUUGGCGCUGGACCACUGCUCAAGAUGUUGGCUGGGUACUGGUUGCGCUACUCGUCCUGCUCAUCCUGGCUAUUGUCUACUGCAUCAUCCGCUUCGCGAGAGCAGAUUCGGCUUUGAUGUGGGAUCCUACAUCAAUAGCAGAUCUGGUUGUGCUCUUCUCCCGAAGCAACGUGGCACAAUACUUUGAGCGAACCGAAGUGAUGGAAGAGGUCGGGCCUCAUAUUCCAUCCAUGUCCCUGAUGCUCGGGUACUGGACCACAUCUCAGCGACCGGACAUCUUCUACGGUGUUGGUGGUGACAACGCACUGGUAAAGAGAAUCUCGAUUGAGCCAGCAGCUCCUCCCAACGAGAAGGAGCCCAACUCUCAGGAAUCGAGCUUCGAUGUGGAGAGACAGCGCUACUCCUAUGAUUCUUCCUUUACGCGCAACAUCCACUCGCCGUUCGUCCGAUAUCGAUGGGUCCCAUGGUUUCUACGGGAUAUUUCGAUCAUCAUCUGGGCUGUGCUUGCGAUGCUGUUACUGAUCGCCUUUCUGGUCAUCAGCUUCGUCAACCGCGCGGUACAGGAUGGUUUCGACCCUUUGCUACCCUCCAUUACCGGAAACAGUGGAUUCUCGUCCUCGAAUUUCCUCUACAGCUUCCUACCAACGCUACUCGGAAUGAUCUUGUUCCUGUCGUGGCAGCCAAUCGACGUCUACUUCAGAGCGGCCCAACCCUUUGCCAACCUUGCUGAUCCUACGGGAGCUUCAGCAGAGCGCAGUCUAUUGCUUUCUUACGAAGCCAGUCCACCACUGUGGGUGACUGUGGAAGCAAUUUUCAAUCGCGACUACAAGGUUGCCUAUGUGUCCUUCGUCAGCGUGCUCAGCAGUUUAAUUCCGAUCCUGGCCGGUGGCGUCUUCACGGCGCAGCUGUUCCGUGAAAGUGGCGACGUGCGCAUGGUCGCUAGCAUGCCUGGAUACAUUGCUCUAUGCGUGUUCGUGGCCAUCUACGCGCUGUCAUUCCUGGUCAUUUGGCCUAGAAGGCAACGAUACCUGCCACAUAGCAUCAUCACAAUCGCGGACCGACUGAGCUUUCUGUACUCUUCGGGUUUACUAAGCGAGUUCUGGAAUAUUCGUACCAAGGCUGACUUGGUGGGCCGACUUGUUGGCACACCCGCCAGCCUGACUGGAGAGUGGCGUGAGAAGCGACCUAGAGCGCGAUAUGCGUUCGGAGUGUAUACGGGCCGUGAUGGAAAGGAGCACUUGGGGAUAGACAGGCUGUCGCGACCGGGCAGUGGUGAGAUGCUGGUUACGACUGGCACACAGCGGUGA